CGGGAGCGGGCCGGGGGCGGCAGCGGUGGUAGGAGCCCCCGCUCGGUCGGGCGCCGGGCUCGGCCGCGGAGGACGCGGGGCGCUCCCAGGGAUUUGCAACUCGCCGGAUCAAGUCCUCACCGGCGGGGCCGCUGCUGCUGGGGAAGCUGCCAUGGUGGCCACGGGCGGGCGCGAGGGCCCUGGACUUUAGAAGCCAUUGCCGCCCUCUCACCUGAAGCCGGGCUCUGCCCCAUCCUGUCCUCACCCCACCCCGGCUCCCGGCCCCCUGCCCCCUGCCCCCGGCCCGGCCCCGCCUGCAGCCGGACCCUGGCAUGUCAAGGCCUGGCCCGUGCCUGUCUGCCCAGCCCGCGGAACCCCGGCGGCCCCGCGAGCUAGGAUGAGGGGCCAGGCCGCCGCCCCGGGCCCUGUCUGGAUCCUCCUGCCGCUCCUGCUGCUGCUGCUGUUGCUGGGGCGCCGGGCGCGGGGGGCCACCGGGGUGGACGCAGGGCCCGGGGCCGAGCCGUGCACCACGUUGGUGCAGGGCAAGUUCUUCGGCUACUUCUCGGCAGCUGCUGUGUUUCCAGCCAACGCCUCUCGCUGCUCCUGGACCCUGCGCAACCCGGACCCCCGGCGCUACACUCUCUACAUGAAGGUGGCCAAGGCGCCCACGCCCUGCGGAGGCCCUGGCCGCGUCCGCACCUACCAGUUCGACUCCUUCCUGGAGUCCACGCGCACCUACCUGGGUGUGGAGAGCUUCGACGAGGUGCUGCGGCUCUGCGACCCCUCGGCGCCGCUCGCCUUCCUGCAGGCCAGCAAGCAGUUCCUGCAGAUGCAGCUCCAGCAGCCGGCCCAGGACCACAGCCCCGGGCCCCCCGGCCCCAGGGACGACUUCUCGGUGGAGUACCUGGUGGUGGGCAACCGCAGCCCCAGCCGGGCCGCCUGCCAGAUGCUGUGCCGCUGGCUGGACGCCUGUCUGGCCGGCAGCCGUAGCUCCCAUCCCUGUGGCAUCAUGCAGACCCCCUGUGCCUGCCUUGGCGGAGAGGCCAGCGACCCUGCCUCCAGCCCCUUGGUCCCCCAUGGGGACGUCUGCUUGAGGGACGGCGUGGCGGGUGGCCCCGAGAACUGCCUCACCAGCCUGACCCAGGACAGGGGUGGGCACGGCGCACCAGGCGGUUGGAAGCUGUGGUCCCUGUGGGGAGAGUGCACGAGGGACUGCGGAGGAGGCCUGCAAACGCGGACGCGCACCUGCCUGCCAGCACCAGGCGUCGAGGGCGGCGGCUGCGAGGGGGUUCUGGAAGAGGGUCGUCUGUGCAACCGCAAGGCCUGUGGCCCUGCUGGGCGUACCAGCUCCCGGAGCCAGUCCCUGCGGUCCACGGAUGCCCGGCGGCGGGAGGAGCUGGGGGACGAGCUGCAGCAUUUUGGGUUCCCGUACCCACAGACUGGUGACCCGGCGGCGGAGGAGUGGUCCCCGUGGAGCGUGUGCUCCAGCACCUGUGGCGAGGGCUGGCAGACCCGCACCCGCUUCUGCGUGUCCUCCUCCUACAGCACGCAGUGCAGCGGGCCCCUGCGCGAGCAGCGGCUGUGCAACAACUCGGCCGUGUGUCCAGUGCACGGAGCCUGGGACGAGUGGUCACCCUGGAGCCUCUGCUCCAGCACCUGCGGCCGCGGCUUCCGGGACCGCACGCGCACCUGCAGGCCCCCCCAGUUUGGAGGCAACCCUUGCGAGGGUCCCGAGAAGCAGACCAAGUUCUGCAACAUCGCCCUGUGCCCUGUGGACGGAAACUGGAACGAGUGGUCCAGCUGGAGCACCUGCUCGGCCAGCUGCUCCCAGGGCCGGCAGCAGCGCACACGCGAGUGCAACGGGCCCUCCUACGGGGGCGCCGAGUGCCAGGGCCACUGGGUGGAGACGCGGGACUGCUUCCUGCAGCAGUGUCCAGUGGACGGCAGGUGGCAGGCCUGGGCCUCUUGGGGCAGCUGCAGUGUCACGUGUGGUGGUGGCAGCCAGCGGCGGGAACGUGUCUGCUCUGGGCCCUUCUUUGGGGGAGCAGCCUGCCAGGGCCCCCAGGAUGAGUACCGGCAGUGUGGCACCCAGCGAUGUCCCGAGCCACAUGAGAUCUGUGACGAGGACAACUUUGGAGCUGUGGUCUGGAAGGAAACACCAGCUGGGGAGGUGGCUGCAGUCCGGUGUCCGCGCAAUGCCACAGGCCUCAUCCUGCGGCGCUGUGAGCUGGACGAGGAGGGCAUCGCCUACUGGGAGCCCCCCACCUACAUCCGCUGCGUCUCCAUCGACUAUCGCAACAUCCAGAUGAUGACCCGGGAGCACCUGGCUAAGGCUCAACGUGGGCUGCCCGGGGAGGGGGUCUCAGAGGUCAUCCAGACACUGGUGGAGAUCUCCCAGGAUGGGACCAGCUACAGUGGGGACCUGCUGUCCACCAUCGAUGUCCUAAGGAACAUGACCGAGAUCUUCCGGAGGGCCUACUACAGCCCCACCCCUGGGGAUGUGCAGAAUUUUGUCCAGAUCAUCAGUAACCUGCUGGCAGAGGAGAACCGGGACAAGUGGGAGGAGGCCCAGCUGAUGGGCCCCAACGCCAAGGAGCUCUUCCGGUUGGUGGAGGACUUUGUGGAUGUCAUUGGCUUCCGCAUGAAGGACUUGAGGGAUGCGUACCAGGUGACAGACAACCUGGUCCUCAGUAUCCACAAGCUUCCGGCCAGCAGUGCCUCGGACAUCAGCUUCCCCAUGAAGGGCUGGCGGGCCACGGGAGACUGGGCCAAGGUGCCGGAGGACAGGGUGACCGUGUCCAAGAGCGUCUUCUCCACAGGGCUGGCAGAGGCCGACGACACCUCCGUGUUCGUGGUGGGCACUGUGCUAUACCGGAACCUGGGCAGCUUCCUGGCCCUGCAGAGGAACACCACAGUCCUGAACUCCAAGGUCAUCUCGGUGACCGUGAAGCCCCCGCCUCGCUCCCUGCUCACACCCCUGGAGAUCGAGUUUGCCCACAUGUACAACGGCACCACCAACCAGACCUGUAUCCUGUGGGAUGAGACAGAUGUACCCUCCUCCUCCGCCCCCCCGCAGCUCGGGCCUUGGUCGUGGCGCGGCUGCCGCACGGUGCCCCUCGACGCCCUCCGGACGCGCUGCCUCUGUGACCGGCUCUCCACCUUCGCCAUCUUAGCCCAGCUCAGCGCCGACGCGAGCAUGGAGAAGGCGCCGGUGCCGUCCGUGACGCUCAUCGUGGGCUGUGGCGUGUCGUCCCUCACCCUGCUCCUGCUGGUCAUCAUCUACGUGUCCGUGUGGAGGUAUAUCCGCUCAGAGCGGUCAGUCAUCCUCAUCAACUUCUGUCUGUCCAUCAUCUCUUCCAAUGCCCUCAUCCUCAUUGGGCAGACACAGACCCGCAACAAGGUGGUGUGCACGCUGGUGGCGGCCUUCCUGCACUUCUUCUUCCUCUCCUCCUUCUGCUGGGUGCUCACCGAGGCCUGGCAGUCCUACAUGGCGGUCACCGGCCGCCUGCGGAACCGGCUCAUCCGCAAGCGCUUCCUCUGCCUGGGCUGGGGGCUCCCUGCGCUGGUGGUGGCCAUUUCUGUGGGAUUCACCAAGGCCAGAGGGUACAGCACGAUGAACUACUGCUGGCUCUCCCUGGAGGGGGGACUUCUGUACGCCUUCGUGGGACCAGCUGCUGCCGUUGUGCUGGUGAACAUGGUGAUUGGGAUCCUGGUGUUCAACAAACUCGUGUCCAAAGAUGGCAUCACCGACAAGAAGCUGAAGGAGCGGGCAGGGGCCUCCCUGUGGAGCUCCUGCGUAGUGCUGCCGCUGCUGGCGCUGACCUGGAUGUCGGCUGUGCUGGCCGUCACGGACCGCCGCUCCGCCCUCUUCCAGAUCCUCUUCGCGGUCUUCGACUCGCUGGAGGGCUUUGUCAUUGUGAUGGUGCACUGCAUCCUGCGCCGAGAGGUCCAGGAUGCCGUGAAGUGCCGCGUGGUGGAUCGCCAGGAGGAGGGCAACGGGGACUCGGGGGGCUCCUUCCAGAACGGCCAUGCCCAGCUCAUGACUGACUUUGAGAAGGAUGUGGAUCUGGCCUGUAGAUCAGGUGAGCGACCGACAGUGCUGAACAAGGACAUCGCGGCCUGCCGCACGGCCACCAUCACAGGCACGCUCAAGCGGCCAUCACUGCCUGAGGAGGAGAAGCUGAAGCUGGCCCAUGCCAAGGGGCCACCGUCCACCUUCAACAGCCUGCCGGCCAACGUGUCUAAGCUGCACCUGCAUGGCUCGCCCCGCUACCCUGGUGGGCCCCUGCCCGACUUCCCCAACCACUCACUGACCCUCAAGAAGGACAAAGCACCCAAGUCCUCCUUCGUUGGCGAUGGGGACAUCUUUAAGAAGCUGGACUCAGAGCUGAGCCGGGCCCAGGAGAAGGCUCUGGACACGAGCUACGUGAUCCUGCCCACGGCCACGGCCACGCUGCGGCCCAAGCCGAAGGAGGAGCCCAAGUACAGCAUCAACAUCGACCAGAUGCCCCAGACGCGCCUCAUACACCUGAGCAUGGCGCCCGAGGCCGGCUUCCCCACCCGCAGCCCACCCACCCGCGAGCCCCCUGGCAGCGGGCCUCCAGAGGCACCCCCUGCCCAGCCCCCGCCACCCCCACCCCCACCACCCCCACCGCCCCAGCAGCCCCUGCCUCCACCGCCCACCCUGGAGCCAGCGCCUCCCAGCCUGGGGGACACGGGGGAGCCCUCCGCCCACCCAGGACCAAGCUCGGGGACUGUCACCAAGAACGAAAACGUCACCACCUUGUCUGUGAGCUCCUUGGAGCGGCGAAAAUCGCGGUAUGCAGAACUGGACUUUGAGAAGAUCAUGCACACGCGGAAGCGGCACCAGGACAUGUUCCAGGACCUGAACCGGAAGCUGCAGCACGCGGCCGAGAAGGACAAGGAGGCGCUGGGCCCCGACAGCAAGCCAGAAAAGCAGCAGACGCCCAACAAGCGGCCCUGGGAGAGCCUCCGGAAGGCCCACGGGACGCCCGCCUGGGUGAAGAAGGAGCUGGAGCCACUGCCGCCGUCGCCCCUGGAGCUGCGGAGCGUGGAGUGGGAGAAAGCCGGAGCCACCAUCCCGCUGGUGGGCCAGGACAUCAUCGACCUCCAGACGGAGGUCUGAGUGGGCGGGCGGCGGCCCGCACUGGGCCAGGAGGAGGGAUCUGCUCUGCCCGCUCCGGCCACAGGACGGGCACAGGCACGCUCACGCGCAGGCCAGGCCUGCACCCCGGCCUCAGGGCACAGACGGCCAGGCAGAGGGCCCGCGCUGGGACCAGAGCCAGACGCAGGACAGGAGGUGGCGCAGCCCGGCAGGCACAGGGCUCCAGAGGCCCAAAGGUGCCUCAGACUCUGCCCUUCUAGGGCGAGCCCCAGCGGGCGGGGGGCUGUGGACAGCGGACAGGCCUGGAUGGGCCAGUGUCCCCAGGAUGCCCACCUGAGACUCCGCUGCAGAGGACCAGCCCGUGUGGCCCGCUGGCCUGGCUCCAUUUUUUAGACAUCCCCCACCCCUGGGGAAGCAGCCAGACCCCCACUCCCUUCCAGGGCCCUGGGCCCCUCUCAGACCCAGGCAGAGAGCACAGCCCUGACCCGAGGCCCCCAGGGGCAGGACUAAGCCCACUUUGGGAAGACACAGGGUGGGGAAUCUAUUUUUUCUCUCCUUUUCUUUUCUUCAAUAAAAAGAAUUAAAAACCCAA